CAAAGCCAGGGCAUAGAGGAUAAAAGGAGGGCUCAGCAAAGGCUUGGUCUACUGGCAGCAGAUCAGAACCAGGUUGGAGGAUGAGAAGAAUUCUGCUGCUGCUGGCCUCUCUGGCCUUUGCCUCCCUGGCUCCUCUGGCUGAUGGAGCUAACCUAAAAGUGAUGUCUGCCCCCAAUCUGAUGCGAGUGGGAACAACAGAAAACAUCUUUGUUGAAUGUCAGGACUGCGCUGGAGGGAACAUUGAUGUCAACAUUAAUGUGAUGAACCAUCCAACCAAAAAUAAGAAGCUGGCUGGGACUGCUGUGACCCUCACAAGUGAGAAUAGUUUCCAGGGUCUCGGAAAAGUAACUAUCCCAACAGGAGAUUUCAGCAAGGAUCCCUCUGUCAAACAAUAUGUUUAUGUGCAAGCUCAGUUUCCAGAUCGAUUGCUGGAAAAAGUUGUCUUGGUGACCUUCCAGUCUGGGUACAUCUUCAUACAGACUGACAAGACGCUCUAUACUCCCAACAGCAAAGUUUAUUACAGGAUGUUUGCCUUGACACCACAAAUGGAGCCUGUGGAAAGAAAUAAUCAGAACCAAGUUGACGCUUCUAUCGACAUUGAGAUUAUGACCCCUGAGGAUAUCAUCAUACCUGUCGAUUCAGUCGCUCUUAAUGCUGGUAUGUUCUCUGGAGAUUACCCACUUGCUGAAAUUGUUAGCACUGGACUGUGGAAGGUGGUGGCAAAGUUCAAGAGCAACCCACAGCAGAGCUAUUAUGCUGAAUUUGAGGUCAAAGAAUAUGUGCUUCCCAGUUUCGAGGUUAAACUGCUGCCUGAGGUCCCUUUCUUCUAUGUCGACAGUAAACAACUUACCGUCGACAUCAAAGCAACGUAUCUGUUUGGAAAGGAAGUUUAUGGGGCUGCCUAUGUGGUUUUUGGUAUCAUGGAAGAAGGCAGAAAGAGAAGCCUCCCAAACUCUCUCACACGAGUCCCGGUUACGAAUGGAGAAGGGCAAGCCACACUGAAAAGGAAUCAGAUCACUCAAACCUUCCCUAACAUCAAUGAUCUUGUGGGAAAAGCCAUCUUUGUGUCUGUCAGUGUGCUGACAGAUAGUGGCAGUGAAAUGGUGGAGGCAGAGUUCAGAGGCAUCCAGAUUGUCACGUCACCCUACAAAAUCACUUUCAAAAGAACUCCCAAAUUUUUCAAACCAGGAAUGUCCUUUGAUGUUGCGGUUGAAGUGGUAAAUCCUGAUGGCAGUCCAGCAGUACGUAUCCCAUUGGUGGUCAAUCCCGGUCAAGUAAGGGGAUUCACAGCUGCCAAUGGGAUGGCAAGACUUACCAUCAAUACAGGAGGAACGGAUUCUAAGCUGAAAAUCACUGCAAAAACGGAUAGACCUGAUCUUACAGCAGACAGACAAGCAUCAGCUGACAUGGAGGCUUUACCUUAUUCAUCCAAUAGCAAGAGUUACAUCCACAUAGGCAUAGACACAGCUGAGGUGAAUGUAGGAGACAACCUCAAAAUAAACCUCAACCUCAAUAACCCACCUCAGGCAAAGGAUAUCACAUACCUGAUCUUAAGUAGAGGCCAGCUGCUAAAAUCUCAGCGUUACAAAACAAGAGGCCAAGCACUCAUUUCCCUGAUUCUUCCCAUCACUAAAGAGAUGUUGCCCUCGUUCCGCAUCAUAGUCUACUACCACCUAACUGAUAAUGAAGUGGUGUCGGACUCGGUUUGGGUGGAUGUCAAAGACUCCUGCAUGGGUUCGUUGACCUUGGAAUCAGCAAGACCGGUUUCGUCCUAUGAGCCUCGCAGGAUGUUCAGCCUGAAAGUAACAGGAGAUCCAGGAGCCACAGUGGGACUCGUCGCAGUCGACAAAGGCGUCUACGUCCUAAACAACAAGCACCGUCUGACCCAGAAAAAAGUGUGGGACAUCGUAGAGAAGCAUGACACAGGCUGCACACCAGGUGGUGGGAGCAACAGUAUGAACGUGUUCUAUGAUGCUGGUCUGGUUUUUGAGUCAAGCACUGCUUCAGGAACUCCCUAUAGACAAGACUUGAAAUGCAAGACGAACUCCAAGCGGAAACGAGCCACAACUAUCAUGGAAGUGAGAACUACCCUAUUGAGUCAGUUUAAUAAUGACCUACAGAGGGAAUGUUGUUUGGAUGGCAUGAAGGAAAUCCCAGUUUCAUACACCUGUGAGCAGCGUAAAGAGUACAUCGUGGAUGGUGAAGCCUGUGCUGAUGCCUUCCUGCAGUGUUGUACUACUAUGCAAAUGCAGCAGUCUGAGAAGAAGGAAGAAAACCUCAAAUUGGCUCGUAGUGAAUCGGAUGACAGCUACAUGGACAGCAAUGAAAUUGUUACCCGAACCAAGUUCCCUGAAAGUUGGCUGUGGACAGACAUCCAGCUUCCUCGUUGCACAGCACAAUCCCCCAACUGUGAGGCCACAUCGUUGGUAAGAAAUGUUCCUCUGCAAGAUUCAAUCACAACCUGGCAGUUCACCGGCAUCAGUCUGUCAAGAACACUUGGAAUCUGUGUCAGCGAGCCAUUGGAGGUAAUUGUCCGUAAAGAAUUCUUCAUUGAUCUCCGGCUGCCGUAUUCUGCUGUCCGAGGGGAGCAGCUUGAAAUUAAAGCUAUCCUUCACAAUUACAGCCCCGAGCCUAUCACUGCUCGUGUGGAAUUGAUUGAGGAAACAAAUGUGUGCAGCGUUGCCUCCAAGCGUGGGAAAUACCGUCAGGAGGUCAAAGUUGGGGCUGAUACUACACGAUCUGUACCAUUCGUCAUCAUUCCCAUGAAGGAAGGAGACCGUCGGAUCGAGGUCAAAGCAGCUGUUAAGGAAUCAUCCCUUAAUGAUGGUGUUCAGAAGAUGCUGCGUGUUGUGCCUGAAGGAGUACUGAUUAAAUCUGCACAGAGUGUAACUCUAGAUCCAGUUGAAAAAGGCCAAAGUGGUACACAAACAGAAACCCUGAACAGUAAUAUUCCCAGGAAAGAUUUGGUACCAAAUGCACCCACCAGCACCCAGGUUUCUGUGACUGGCAGAGAACAAGUUUCUGGACUUGUGGAGAAUGCCAUUAGUGGUAAAUCCAUGGGUACUUUGAUCUACCAGCCUGGAGGCUGUGGAGAGCAGAACAUGAUUCACAUGACCCUGCCAGUCAUUGCAACCACAUAUUUGGACAAAACCAACCAGUGGGAGGCUGUUGGUUUCCACCAACGUAACGUAGCUCUUCAGCACAUAAAAACUGGAUACAACAAUGAGUUAUCAUACCGUAAAAGUGAUGGUUCAUUUGCUGUGUGGGCUGAUCAUGCAAGUAGUUCCUGGCUGACAGCAUAUGUUGCCAAGGUGUUUGCUAUGGCUAACAAUUUGAUAGCAGUGCAAAGUGAUCACAUCUGUGGCGCUGUGAAGUAUCUGAUCCUCAAAGCUCAGCAGCCUGAUGGCAUGUUUAAAGAGGUUGGAAAAGUACACCACAGAGAGAUGCAGGGCGAUGUGCUUGGUGGAGACUCAGAUGCCUCCAUGACGGCCUUCUGCCUAAUUGCCAUGCAGGAAACACGCCCACUAUGCACAGAAACUGUAAAUAGCCUCCCAUCCAGUAUAGAGAAAGCAGUCACCUAUCUUGAGAGACGUCUCCCGAGCCUCACCAACCCUUAUGCUGUUGCCAUUACAUCAUAUGCCCUCGCCAAUGAAGACAAACUUAACCGGGAAAUCAUCUACAAAUUUGCUUCUCCUGCAUUAAACCACUGGCCUGUACCUGGACAACGGACAUUCACACAAGAGGCGACAGCUUAUGCUCUUUUGGCCCUGGUCAGAGUGAAGGCCUUUGAAGAUGCAAGACCGGUCGUUAGAUGGUUUAACCAACAACAGUUUGUGGGUGGAGGCUUUGGAUCAACUCAGGCCACUAUUAUCGUGUACCAGGCUAUAGCAGAGUAUUGGAGCAAGGCUAAAGAACCAGAAUACGAUUUAAAUAUUGACAUCUUGUUGCCAGGCAGAGCAAAGCCUGACAAGUUCAACUUUAACAGAGAAAAUCACUUUUUCACAAGAACAUCUAAAAUUAAUGACAUCAACCAGAAUGUGAGAGUAACUGCCACCGGAACCGGAGAAGCAACAGUGAAAAUGGUGUCGCUUUAUUAUGCCAUCCCUAAAGAAAAGGAAAGCGACUGCCAGAAGUUUAAUUUAUCUGUGCAACUAAUCCCAGAAAAAUCGGAUUAUGAUAGCAAGACAUACAUGCUUAGGAUAGAUGUUUUGUAUAAGGACAAGAACAGUGAUGCCAAAAUGUCAAUCUUAGACAUUGGUCUGCUAACUGGCUUCACAGUGAACACAAAGGACCUGGAUGCAUUGUCUAAAGGACGAGCCCGCACCAUUGCGAGAUAUGAGAUGAACACAGUUCUGUCAGAAAGAGGCUCGCUCAUCAUCUAUCUGGACAAGGUUUCUCACACACGACCAGAGGAAAUCAGUUUCAGGGUCCAUCAAACAUUACAAGUUGGAGUCUUACAACCAGCAGCUGUUUCUGUUUAUGAGUAUUAUGAGCAAAUACCUUGUGUGAAAUUCUACCAUCCAGAGAGGAAGGGUGGAAAACUGCUACAGCUCUGUAGAGAUGAGGAAUGCACCUGUGCAGAAGAGAACUGCAGUAUGCAGAAAAGUGGUCAAAUUAGCAACGAUGAGCGCACAGCUAAGAUUUGCGAGAGCACAGAGACCAGCAAAAUAGAAUUUGCCUACAAAGCUAGGGUGGAAGGCAAUGACAUUGAGUUGUCUACAGACUCUUACACAAUGCGCAUUGUGGAAGUUAUUAAAGAAGGAAGUACUGAUGUCGGUUCUGCUAACAAACUGCGUACAUUCCUCGGUUAUCAGCAUUGCAGAAAAGCUUUAAGUCUGGCAACAGGCAAAACAUAUCUCAUCAUGGGAUCAUCUAAAGACAUUCACAAAGAUGAACAGAAGAAAACGUUUCAGUAUGUGCUCGGGGAGAGGACCUGGAUUGAGUACUGGCCCUCAGAAGAAGAAUGCCAACUUAAUGAAUAUGGAUCUACCUGCAGGGGCAUGGAGGAGAUGGUCAAUCAGUACACCAUUUUUGCUUGUCAACAGUAACUCAAGGAACUCAAGGAAACAAUUUUCAUAUGUCCAAAUUUUUUUCAAUAGUUUUUUUGCAAUAUUUGAAAAGUUUGGCUGGUAUGGGUUGUAUAAAAGACAAAAUUAAAGUUUAUUAAUUAAACUCUAA